AAAAUACCGUUUAUUCUGACUUUUCUCUAUCUUAAGACUUAAUCGUAGAUGUCGAUUUCUAGAAUCUAGAUUAGAUCUAGAUCUAGAUCUAGAUCUAGAAUCUAGAUCUCUAGGCCCAGAUCCAAAUUCUAGAUAGAUUCUAUAAUACAUGCUACAACGUCAUCUUAAUCUUCUGAAUGACAGUGUCCAUGUCUAAAGAGAGCGGGACGAUUAAAUGGACAAAGACAACUCAACCCGUCAAAAUAGACAUGUUUCUAUUGCUGCAGACAGCAAAUUUUAUGAAAACGGUGAUGGUGAUGACCAAGAUGUCCAGCUGCGCCAUAGAAACGGUAUAGUCACAGAAUCACCAGUGAGCCAUAGAACUGUUGAAGGACAUAACUCAACCAUGGAGGAAAAUAUGGAAGUGUAUGAUCAAAACCUCUCAGACUUACUGCAACAGUUGCCAAGUCGGCAAUUAGAGGAUGUGGCUGACAUGGCAGCCAGAACCCUACUGAGAAAGAGAGGCACACACUUGCUGAGAACAAGCAUGAGAAUCAACACUGACAACGCCCUUGAGGACCGCAUUGUUGAGAGCCUGGAGCAGGAGAGUUCUGAGGACCUGGCUGAUGACAUUGAUGCUGCUGUCAGGAACAUCCCCACAACUCUAACUAAGAAAAGAAGCAUCAAACACAGGUUGUCCAUCAAAGCUAGUCGUCCACUGUCCAGGUGGAAACUGAUCAAGUACACAGCAAGCCUGACCUGGAGACACGUGAAAUUUGAAAUGAAGAAAAUCCAUCGUUUGUUUGACCUGUGGCGCUCCCAUCUCCUGGUCAUUGAGGGCUGUUUUGGCACCAGCGUCGCCUCCUACUUCAUCUUCCUCAAGUGGGUGCUCCUCAUCAACAUCCCCAUCUUCCUGCUGACCUUCACCUUUCUAGUCAUCCCCCAGAUUCUCUACAGCCAUUAUGUGGACAAGCACAGCUCUGAGCUGAGGAAACCCUUCACUGGCGUGGAGCUGCUUACUGGGACUGGUGCCUUUGAAAAUUCAGAAAUGUACUAUGGCUUCUACACCAACAUGACAAUAGAAAUCAGCAAGGGAGCUAACUACAAUAUGAAAUAUGCUUAUAUUUUAACCACAGGGGGCUACUAUCUCUUCUGUCUGAUCAUCCUGGGCUACAGUUAUCUGAGGUCAUACAGAUUGUACUACAUAGAAGCCAGUGGCAGUACCAGCAUGUACUACUUUAACUUGAUCUACACUGGCUGGGACUAUGGUAUCACAUCAGUUGAGACUGGCCAGCUCAAACAAAGAAGUAUUUAUAAUGAGAUCAAGGAGUUUCUUGCUGGGAAAUCCUUCAAUUCUUUUAUUAAAGAAGACAUGGUGACGACGUGGCUGAAGCGCCUCCUGUCCUGGUUGUUUGUGUGCUGUCUGCUGGCCCUGAGUGGUUACACCACCUUCGUUGUUUCCACCGAGCUGUCUCUCACGUCUGAGAGAUCCAACUCUACUUCCAUUCCAGCUCUUCGACCCCUAGCCAUGCCGGUUGUCUUAUCAUCCAUCCAACUUUUUGUCCCAAUGAUAUUUACAUUCCUGGAGGGAAAGGAAAACUACCAGUUACCAAAAUAUGAGCUCUAUAUUCAUAUGUUUAGAGAGAUGGCACUGAAAGCCACCAUGCUGUGUGUCCUUGUUUAUUUCUGGCUGCAGGAGGCUUCUAAAGAAUUAAAGCUUGGAGGAUUAAAAAACUACAAAGGAUUGUGUUGGGAGACAUUUGUUGGUGAAGAAAUCUACAGACUGGUUAUUGUGGAUUUUAUCUUUAAUAUGGGCUAUACUUUUUUCAUGGAGUUUAUACGAAAGCUUAUCUCAUUGAAAUGGGAGAGAAUAAAAAAAUCUGAGUUUGCCAUUGGCCGGCACACGCUUGAGUUGGUCUACUCACAGACUCUAUGUUGGCUUGGAGUGUUUUACAGCCCACUGCUGCCAGUUGUUGUCAUAUUGAAGCUGAUUAUUAUAUUUUAUGUCAAAAGGUAUAGUGUGGUUCAUAACUGUAGUCCUUCUGUCAAGCCUUGGAAAGCAUCAAGAACUCACACUAUCUUUGUGGGAUAUUUGUUUGUCUUCUUCAUCUUGUGCAGCGUGGCUGUAGGCUGUAGCAUCUUUCUUGUGACACCGAGCCAUACGUGUGGGCCUUACCAAAAUUACUCCAGCUCGUACGAAGUUAUCAACAGUCUCAUCACCAAUUGGGAGGACGAGAGCAGUGUCAUUAAAGAAAUUUUCAACUUUGUUGACUCUCCAGGUUUUAUAGCUGGUCUUUUGAUCUUUUUGCUGAUGGUUUUGUAUUACGCCCGCACCAUCAGCCUGAGCCACAAAGCUAUGGUGGAACAAUUCAAGCUACAGCUUAUCUCAGAAGGUAAAGACAAGAAGUUCCUCAUCAACCUGCUCAACCAGGUGAAAAUUCGUGGGCGAAAAAGUGGGAUCAACCACCCAGGGCCGCUGCUGCAGAAGAAAAUAGAAUUAUUGGAAACUCACUCAAACCUGAGUUCUCUCACCCCUGAUUCAGUUCCAAGCUCAACUAAAUUGGCAGGAAAAGUAUUUGUCCGCACCGUGGCAGAGAACUAUAUGGGUGGCUCCUCAAUGUUGUUGUAAACACAUGUUCUGGUGACUUGAAAAAUGUUUGGCAGAGAACUAUAUUGGUGACCCUAAAUGUUAUCACAUGUUCUGGUGACUUGUUUGGCCACUAAAUGUAAUCACAUUUUUCUGGUGACUUCAGAUAUUUAUUAGUUAAUAUGUUUUUUAAAAUUUCUUCUACUUGAUAAGCAGACUACUUGUGAACAUGCAAUCAAAUAUUAACAAUAUAUCUUACACUUGUUGGUGAUAACGUACUUAAACAUGGAGAUUUAUUGUCUUCAUUCAUCAGCCAAAGUUUACACAACUUGUGAGAAUAGAAUAUUCUACAUUUCUAUUAUUGUGUGUAGAUUGUGUGUGCAUUAUUAUAUGUAGAUUAUAUUAUAUUAUUAUUUGUAGAUUUAAUUCAACACAAGUAAACCUGAUAAAUUAUUUUUCAAAUAUUUAUCAAGAUAAUGUUGGCAUGUUUGGUACAAUUCAAAGGAAUGUUAAUUUAAUUGAUUUAUUCACCCACAGUAGAAAGUAAUUUUUUUUAUAUGUCAGAGAAAUUACUGUCUGUAUUCAAGUGUUAUUUAUAGCUUUAAAAAACUAAAUUUAUCAAUAUUUGAACACUGAUCACUUGUUUAGAUUUGACCAGUGCCCUGUCUUUCUCCCGUUUUGACUGUUCAUUUGAUCUGAUGCAGGUUACAAGAUUUGACCAUGGUUAUCUACUGUCUCUCUCCAGGUGACUCUCAAUGAUCUAAUGAAUGAUCUUUUACUUUUCAUUUAUAUUUACAAAGGAAUCAAAUUUUUAUUUAUUGUGAUCAUCAAAUGUAUUAUUUAUAGUUGUAUAAAUAUUAUUUAUCUAAUUGAUUUUGUAAUAUGUAAAAUGUAAACUGUUUUAAUUUGGCUUGUGUAUAUUUUAUUUAUCUGGUAGCUUGUAUCUUUCCAGCUACUUAUAAAAAUUGCCUCAUCUUUCAUUGUGCCUUCUCUUGCCUUAAACACUUUCUUCUACACAAAGUAUUCUAAUAAAAUGUUGAUUUGUUUAAAAACUUAAGUUUAAAUUAAAGGGUUGCAUUUCUUUUAGUGCCUUAUGAGGAAAUAUCUUGUCUAUUACAAAUUAAACCUGUGUUCAUUUUUAUUAAAAAAAAAAACCCUUGUUUUUAUUAUUUCAUUUUUUGAAGUAGCCUUAAACUUUAAAAAGAAAACAAUCUGAAAAUGUUCUGUAAUACUUCAGCUAAACACCAAGAAGACUUGUUAUAUGUUACUUGUUACUAUAUUUAAUCUGUAAUCAAAAGCUGAGCUAAAAAUAACAGUAUGCAUUUUUUACUUGAUUGGUUUUUAAUUGAGUUGUGAUUCCAGCUGCCUAGUUGCAACAAGGGUUUUAUGUGGUAGUAUUAUAAUGGUUUAUAUCUUACUGUUACAUAUAUUAAAACAAAAAUAUACUUUGAAAA